AUGCCAAGCAACGUAGCAGACCCAACUGAGCUACGCGGCCUAAAGAGCACCAGAAGCAGGCAGCCUGGCCUCUCUCCGGCCACGUCAGUGGUUUCGGAGAUGCUUGGGAAGCAGAAGGCCCAGUUCAAGUACAUCGACGAAAAGAGGGUUCCAGCCAUAUUCACCAUUUCCACCAUCUUUCUGACUGCUGGUCUCGCCUUCUUCUACGAGGUGCUUGCCAGACUGACUGACUCCCGCAUGCCAGAUGACUCGUCCACGAAGCCACCUCUCCUCUUCUACGCCCUCUUCUACGGCACUCUUCUCAUCGGCCUCCUCACUGUCAUUGCCACCAUCGUCACCCUCGUCCAAUUCGUCCUCCACUACCUGGCUAACGGUGACCUGGAUAACACCAAGUCAAACAAGUUCUUCUGGUUCGUCCUCCUGAACAAGUACAAGUUCCAUUGCGGCCUAAUUGGCGCAUUCCUCCUCUUCCCACUCGUUGCAGCCCGAAUCACCAAGUACCACAAAAUGGUCACCGAAUACGCCAAGGCAGAGAAGCCAGUUCUGCCUGAAAACUACGCCUGGAUAUUCGGGAUGCAAGUCCAGUACCAGGAUGCUGUGCUAAGCAAGGCAAUGAUCAUUGUUACGAUUCUGCUGGUGAAGAGUGCCCUGCUCUUCACUCUCGAGUACAAUAUCAGAAACAAGGUCUAUUUCAAGAAGAAUGCUCUGAAUGAGCUGAAACUGGGGCUGCUCAGGCGACUCAACCAAAUUGCAGGGGCUGGUGAGGAUACAACCGUAGACCAAGUGGUGGACGCAGUGGUGCUGAAGAUGGGCAGGGACGAUGGAAGCGUAUACUACACCGAAAGUGUCAAGGUGCUGGGCGAGGAGGACGCAGAACGCCUCUUUGCAUUUGGAGACCCAAGCGGAGACUACAAAAUCAGCCGCCACGAGCUCACUGCCUUCUACAGGAAGACAUUCGAGGAGCACGAGGCAUUGGACGCAACCAGGACGCAGACGGACUCCUCAAUUGGCUCCCUGAAUGGCGCAAUGACCGUUCUCUGUCUCCUGAUCAUCCUGGGCGUCCUUUCUUCCUCAAAUUCGGAGCAGCUCAAGAAGAACUCAGUCGCCUACUUCACGGCCAUCAUUUCUGGGUCGUACAUCUUCAGUGACGUCAUCAAGAAGUUCCUGAUUGCUCUCGCAUUCGUCUUCUUCAUCCGAUCAUUCGAGGUGGGCGACUGUGUUGAGAUAGGCGGAGAUGUCUUCGUCGUCCAGCACAUCAACCUCCUCAGCACCACGUUUGAGAAGAACAACUUGGUUGUGUCAAUUUCAAAUGACAAGUUGUACGACCAGGCCACGACCAAUUUCACCCUAAGCGAGUCACUGGAGGAGAAGUACGUCUUCAAGUACGCCAUUGACGAGUUCAAGGGGCGGUCUCACUCCUUCCUGAAGAGCAUCAAGGCGUAUUACGACUCCCACAAGUCAACUUUCACCUCUAGGCCGUAUUUCAAUGACGUCAGAAUCAUCGACAUGGAGACUGUGGAAGUGGCACUGGUUGUGGACUACCAGUUGAAGUAUCAGGAGCUGAGUGUCGUAGACAAGCGAAGAAACAGCUUCCUUCUCCAUGUCCAGGAGUGCAUGAAGAGCACUGGUUUGCCAUGCAAGUAG